GUUGAAUGUAUGCAGUCCCAGCAACAAGCCAUGCUUCCCCGACGGUCCCUCCUGGACAACUAUCCGGACCCGGCGCUGGAAGAGAUUAAAAAGCAGCAACAAGAUGUGUUAGGUUUCUUGGAAGCCAACAAAAUUGAAUUUGAGGAAAAGGAUAUCGCCGCCAAUGAGGAGAAUCGGAAAUGGAUGCGUGAGAAUGUCCCUGAAGACAGCCGGCCAGCAAGCGGGAACCCCUUGCCGCCCCGGCUCUUCAACGACAGCCGGUACCUCGGGGACUACGAAGCUUUCUUUGAAGCUCGAGAGAACAAUGCAGUAUAUGCGUUUUUAGGCUUGACUGCGCCACCUGGUUCAAAGGAAGCUGAAGCACUGGCAAAGCAGCAAGCAUGAAUUUCAACUGCCUUAAAUGUUCUGUAAAGGGAAUCUCCACAGCUUUUUAUAAAAUAGUACAAUUGUCUCUGCUUCAAGAAAUGUAGAUGUGAUUUCUAACAUUCGAUUGGUGCUUGCAGCAUUCACCAUACAUAACACAAAUUUGAACACAAGAUGAAAAUGUGAACAUAAAGGUAGAGAGCACAGAGUGAAUUAUUACCAAGUUGGAAGCGUAGGAAACUGAAGCAAUUAGAUGAAUGAUUUUCACAUAGUUUAAACUGUCUUGGCAAUUUGUCCAUUUUCUGUAAACUUCAAGAAACUAUUUUAGUACUAAUAAUACAGAUGGGGUUAUACCUAAAGAUCCAACUAUUUAAAAUAUGGAAAACAAGCAACAGCAUCUAAAACCUUGUCAGAUACUAACUGUAGUGCCUGAGUUGCCUCA